AUGGGUUCAACCACUUCCGAGUCAGUUCGCAUGCAGAGGAGGGAUUCGUCGGACCGGUGCUCCAGCACAAGGAGGCCGAGGCUUCUUAGGGCCACCGCGACUGAACCGUCCAUCACGACCUCCAACGCCAGCCCCAAUGCUCUUGCGACACAAUCGGGCCGGAGGGCGACGGAACUGUUGAGCCGGGUAGCCUUUGUCUCCGGCUCACCGCCGGAUUCGGUUCCCAGAUCGCCGUCCAUGAUGCCCACGCCAUCUUCCAUGUACGACAGCAUGGACCGCCACGGGUCGCUUUCAUCCUCGCCCGACAGCAACUGCGAUGCCUUCGAUGAAUUGCAUCCCCAUCCAUUUUCUGGGCGGUACUUUAGCUUCCCCAGCUUUGACCUGUACGAAGCGAACCAGCAAGACGAUGAGAAGUCGGAGACCAAGUCGCCUUGA